AUGGAUGCGCGACGCAGUGUGUUGGAGACACUCAAUGAUAAGGAGUUGCUACAAAGAUACCGACUUAACCGUGAGGGAAUAAUGGUUGUUGUGGAUCUUGUGAGGGAUGCAAUAACAGCGCCAACUAAUCGCAACAAUCCAAUCAGUGCUGAAUUGAAAUGUUUGAUAACACUUCGCUACCUAGCAACGGGGAAAAUGCAGUUGUGUAAUGCCGACGAUCUAGCAAUAUCCCAGCCAUCGGUAAGCAGAGCCAUCGACCAAACCAUCAAUGCACUCUGUAGACCCUGUAUUAUUCGUCAGUUCAUACGUUUUCCUAUAGACAUUCGGCAACUACAAAGGAUCAAAGCCAGCUUUAUGGAUAUUGCCGGUGUGCCUGGAGUUGUCGGUGCUAUAGAUGGGACACAUAUAAAAAUAAUUGCACCCCGUCAGGAUGAGGACGUGUUUGUAAACCGAAAAAAAACCCACUCCAUCAAUACCCAGAUUGUGUUUGAUGCAAACUUCACAAUUCUCGAUGUUGUUGCAAAGUGGCCCGGAUCAACUCAUGACUCGAGGAUAUUGAUGGAGAGUGGACUGAGGCAACUGUUUGAGAGACGUCAUGUGCCAGCUGGAUGUCACUUGGUGGGGGACAGUGGCUAUCCCUGCAAGUCGUGGCUCCUUACACCUUACCUCCGUCCACAAGUGGGACCACAGUUAAAUUACAAUAGAGCACACAAGCAGACACGCAGUGUGGUGGAAAGGGGGAUUGGACAGCUAAAGCGACGUUUCCACGUUUUACAUAGUGAAAUCCGCCUUAGUCCAGAGAAGACGUGUAAAGUGAUCACUGUGUGUGCGCUUCUUCACAACCUGUGCCGACAAAGGAACAUACCACAGGCAGGAGAUGAGUGUGAUGAGUUUGAUGAUGAUGAUGAUGAUGAUGAUGACGACAAUGAACACCAAUUUGUUGAUGAAGUGGAACAAUGUGGACUGGCAUUCAGGGAUCACUUUGUCCAUACACACUUUGGGUAA